CUUCACGAACCAACCAACGAUGUCUAGCGAAGAUGAUUCUAGCGGCUGGCAACUGACCGAGUCUGAUCCUGGAGUUUUCACCGAGCUGCUGAAAUCUCUCGGUGUUCCCCUCCUCUUCGAUGACCUGUAUUCUCUCGACGCCGUCUCGCUCGCUCCUCUGAGACCAAUCCAAGCCCUCAUAUUUCUUUUUAAGUGGCUUCCGGGCGCUGGGGAACCAGCCAGUACUGGUGGCCAGUACGACGACGAAUUUCCCGGAUUUUUCGCCCAUCAAGUGGUCAACAAUGCCUGUGCAACCCUCGCUGUCCUUAACGCGCUUGGGAACAUCCCUUCUUUGACCUCAGGAUCGCAGCUCUCCGAUCUUAUCAACUUCACCGUCGGGAUGGACCCGCAAACACGCGGCAUGGUUGUUACUAGCGCAGACUGGCUUCGCGAGGCACAUAACGCACUAAGCCCUCAUUCCUCAAUAUCUCUCGAUGGCCUGAAUCUACCGAAGACAACGGAAGAUGCGUACCACUUCGUUGUUUAUAUUCCAUUCAUGGGUUCGGUAUAUGAGCUUGACGGGCUCAAGAGAUCGCCCAUACGGCAUGGUGCCUAUGAAGAGCACGGCGAAGGAUGGGUCAAACGGGCUAGGGAGGUCAUCGAAACACGUAUUUCGACUUAUCCAGCCGGAGCGCUUGAAUUCAGUCUUUUGGCGCUUCACACCGAUACUCUACCAGCUCUUGAAGCUCAACUAGUCCAGGUUCAAUCAUCAGGCAAUGACCUUGCCGUGCUCGAGCUCUCUCAACAAAUAUCUAACGAGAAAGCGAAGCGGGAAAGAUGGGCAUUUGAGAACAGUCUGCGACGCCAUAACCAUGUCGGACUCAUUCAUGCACUUCUGUUAGCACUUAGUAAGGGAGGGCAGUUAGACGCUGCUUGUGAUCAUGCACGGACGACCAUGAAGCAGAGGAUAGAUACGCGGAGAGCAAAGGGCCAGUCUAUGGAUGAUGAUUAGGUGAUAUUCAAUCUUGGUCGCCGACCGUAUGAUGUCGACAUAUAUGUCAUUGCAUAUCUGUAUGUCUCUUGACGGGAUUAAUGUGGUCUCGUGAGAUUAUCC